GUGUAGAAGGAUCCCGAUCAUUUUCUGGCGUUGACCGGUCGACGCGGUCGAAAUCCCAGAUAGAAGGCAGAAAUCGCACCCCAUCAUCACCGUGACAGUGUUGUCGUCGGGAAAUGGCGACGCUUCUCCUCCGGGGCACGUAUACCGGCGUGAGGGCGCCGGUGCUGCCACGCGUUGGUCUCUGUCUCUCCCUGCUCUUGUGUUGCGGCGGUGCUGUGUCGGCCGCUCCCCACCACGACAAGUUUCAGAGCCCCAUUCCUGCUCCCCGUCUCACCUGCUCGACUCCGCCGCCAUCCCACCUACUUUUAGCUGCCCUGACGUCCUUCGACAUGAAAGUUCGGAUUCCUAUUGAUACCUUUUGCUUUCAGGAGAGUAAGAUAAGUCGAUGUCCUCCACAGAACAGUGAAGUUUCAUCGCUUAGGCGUGCAUUUAAAAUAUUGGACGCAGAUUUCUUCACCGACAAUAAGAUUCUGGAGGUCGCCAAGGGUGCAGAAGAGCUCAAUAUUCCCAUAAUCAGAGCCAACAGAAAAUCUGUGGCUUCUGUUGAUGGAGGUUUGCAGAAUCCCUCUUGUUUGGUUUUCGAUCCCAACUGGGGCUCUGAACAGCCGGAUGGCAUAAACAGAAGAUUUGCACACACUGUGCCAUCUGAUGUACAAAGACCAGGAAGCGAUGAAGAUAUUGCCUUCAUGAGUGUUCUUGAACUCGGGGAACUUAUUAGGACAAGACAAAUUACUUCUGAGGAGCUUACUCGACUUUUCGUUGAGAGAUUGAGAAGGUAUAAUGGCAUUCUUGAAGCUGUGGUUUCUUACACUGAAGAGUUAGCAUAUGCACAAGCAAAAAGGGCUGAUGACUUGCUUGCUCAGGGAGUAUAUCUGGGUCCUCUCCAUGGGAUUCCUUAUGGUUUGAAGGACAUAAUCGCCGUACCUGAAUACCACACCACUUGGGGUUCGACGAGCUUUAAGAGUCAGGUUCUUAACAUCAAUGCAUGGGUCUAUCAGAGGUUGAAGUCAGCUGGGGCAGUUCUAGUUGCGAAGCUUGUUUCUGGCUCUCUAGCAUAUGAUGACAUUUGGUUUGGUGGAAGGACCAGAAAUCCAUGGAACAUUGAAGAAUUUUCAACUGGCUCAUCUGCUGGGCCUGCUGCUUGCACUUCAGCAGGUAUGGUCCCCUUUGCUAUUGGUUCGGAGACAGCUGGAUCCAUAACCUAUCCAAGUGCCCGUUGUGGUGUGACAGCAUUACGCCCAACAUUUGGUGCCGUUGGACGAAGCGGUGUCAUGAGCAUAUCUGAAAGCUUGGAUAAGCUUGGUCCAUUCUGUAGGAGUGCGGCAGACUGCGCUAUUGUUCUUGAUGCUAUUCGAGGAAGGGAUCCAGAUGAUCCCUCAUCCAGAGACAUUCCCCUUGAUAAUCCUUUCACAGUAGACAUAACAAAGCUUACUGUUGGAUACCUAGAUGAUGCUGAGAUGGAGGUUGUCCGUGUUCUUUCCUCAAAGGGAGUUACUCUGGUUCCCUUCAAAUUAAAUUACACUGUCGAUUCUGUUCAAGGCAUCUUGAACUUCACAAUGGACGUAGAUAUGUUGGCUCACUUUGAUGAGUGGCAACGUUUGGGAAAGGAUGAUCAAUAUGAAGCUCAGGAACAAUGGCCUGUUGAACUGCGCCGUGCACGCGUGGUUCCCGCUGUGGACUAUGUGCAGGCGCAAAGAGCAAGAGGAAAGUUGAUCAGAGAAGUAAGAGAAAGCUUCACCGUUGAUGCUUUCAUUGGAAAUGCAACAGACUGGGAGAAAGUUUGUCUGGGAAAUCUGGUGGGAAUGCCUGUAAUUGUUGUUCCAACUGGGUACACUAACAUAUCUGCUUCCCCUCCUAGUGGCACGAGACGACGAAAGACUGUCACGACUGGCAUAUAUGCUCCUCCUCAAAAGGAUCAUAUCGCUUUAGCACUGGCAAUGGCUUAUCAGUCAGUCACUGAUCAUCACAAGCAGCGACCACCCAUAAACAAUCUGGGACCAAAUGAUCGGACUCUGAAUGCACAAUCAAAAAGAUACCCUUAGAGACAGCUGCAUCUGUGAGUUUCUUCGUGCCUGCGAAUCGAACAUCUGUGUAUAUGCCUGUGGUGACCAUGGAGAAAUGUGUUCUUUCCCAGCAAUUGCAAUAAGAAAAGCAACGGCAUUGCCUAUGGGAAAUGAUUAUCUUGUGAAGCUUUGUGGUGGGGGAACCUCUUCAUUUGGUCAAACAUUAUAAAUUACAGUUUGUACGUUCUCAGGAAAUGGGAUUUGUUAUUAUCAGGUAAAGUAUCAUGAUCUCUUUCCCUUAUAUAAUGUAGUUUUGUUAUUCUUGAGUAAAAGAAAAAACGUGCUGAAUUUGUAUGAUUUUCAUAGACAAUAGAUAACAAGAUUCACGGCAUGUUAAGUCACGAGGAGGGUAGUCCCAUUUCUUUCCGAUGCUUUUCUUCUUUAAGAUUUUGUUAAUGGUGGGGAACUUGUACUCUGUUUUCCUUCCAAAGCUUAUCUUUCAA